GAAGCCUGAGGCUACAUGUGUCUCAGGUGUGCUGUUACCUGCCCAGAUGUGUUAGUUUUCUCAGUGAGGCAGCAGAAGCAGGAUUUGGGAGGAUCCAGGAUACUGCGGAGUAGAUUGUGAAGGAGAUAGACCAUCUGCCCAGUCAUAACAACAUGAUCUUCAUCUUCUUCACCCUUUUUCUUCCAGAAGCUCUGCUUCAGGACCUCCGGGACCAGUGUCCCGGGGGCUCCUGUAACCCCCAGCUUGGUGACCUGAUGGUGGGUCGCGCAGCACAGCUGUCAGCCUCGUCUACCUGCGGUCUGGAUGGACCAGAAAACUACUGCAUCCUCGGGUACCUGGAGGAGAAGAGAAAAUGUUUCACAUGUGACUCUCAGCUGCCGUACAAUCUCCAUAGCAACCCCAACAGCCACCGCAUCAAGAACGUCAUUACGACCUUUGACCCCGAGAGGAAAAUGAAAUGGUGGCAGUCUGAGAAUGGAGUUCAUGAGGUCAGCAUUCAGCUGGAUCUGGAGACCGUGUUCCAGUUCAGUCACCUGGUCCUCACCUUCAAGAGUUUCCGUCCGGCGGCCAUGUUGGUGGAGCGAUCGAAGGAUUUUGGACGAAGCUGGAAAGUUUUUCGUUAUUUUGCAGAAGACUGUUUGCUUCAUUUCCCUUCAGUGUCAGAUCAGCCGGCCAAAAGCGUUGACGACGUGGUCUGUGACAGCAGGUACUCCGGUUCAGAUCCAUCCACUGAUGGAGAGGUUGUGCUGAAAGCUCUUGAUCCUGUAUUUGAAAUAGAAAACCCGAACGCACCACACAUCCAAGAUCUGAUCACCUUGACAAAUAUCCGUGUGAACUUCACUCGUCUGUUCACGUUGGGCGACACGGUGCUGGGGCGAAGACGCAGGAACCCUCAGGACAAAUAUUACUACGCUCUUUACAACAUGGUGGUCCGAGGAAGCUGCUUCUGUCACGGACACGCCAGCCAAUGUACGCCUGUGGACAGAGGAAGAGAGAGUGUCUUUACCAUGACUGCCAUGGUUCAAGGUCGAUGUGGUUGUCAGCACAAUACAGCCGGAGAUAACUGUGAGAGAUGUCAGGACUUUCACCAUGACUCCCCCUGGAGGCCUGGAGGAGAAAACAACGCCAACAUCUGCAGAAGGUGUAACUGUCACGGUCACUCAGACUCGUGUCACUUUGACUCAGCUCGUUUCCAGGCAACGGGCAGCAUCAGCGGCGGUAUCUGUGACGACUGUCGUCAUGACAGGACAGGGCCUCAGUGUGACCAAUGCCAACCGUUCCUGUAUCAAGAUCCACAGAGAGCGGCCGACGACCCACACGGCUGCAUACCGUGUGACUGCGACCAGGCAGGUUCUCAGGGCGGCGGUCUCUGUGACGCCCUGAGCGGCCAUUGCGUCUGUAAAGAAAACGCGGAGGGUCGACGUUGUGAUCGCUGUAAACACGGCUUCUUCAAUCUGACACAGGACAAUCCCGCCGGCUGUCAGGUGUGCAGGUGUCAUUUUUUGGGAAGUGUUGGGUCUUGUGAUCAGCUGACAGGAAGUUGUGAAUGUGACCAUUUGGCAGUGGGACCGCUGUGUGAUCGAUGUCUGGAAGGUUUCUGGGGUUUGGGAAACUCUGUGUUCAGGUGUUCACCGUGCAACUGCGAUGUGGGAGGAGCUUACAGCACCACGUGUUCUCCAGAGGACGGACAGUGUCAGUGUUUAUCCAACAUGGUGGGUCGGCGCUGCUCCGCCCCUGCCCCCGGCUACUUCCUGCCUCUUUUAGACUACUUCCUGUAUGAAGCGGAGCUCGCUGCCCCGCUGCACGGAGGAAGCUUUCCUCCAUCUACUCCUCCAUCUUCUUCUUCUCCUCUGGUCAACCCAGGUGCUUUGCCGCGGUGUGAGAAGUAUUUCAGAGACCAGGGCUAUGACUUCAAAUUCACUAACGGACGAGUUGUUCUGGUUCGGAGGACUCCAGGACCCGCCCGCCGGAGGAGACAGAGAGGCUUCCCUCUCGACCCGGGUCACCCCCUGCAGAUCGUUACGCGUCAGAGGACAGCUGAUCGCCCCGUCACCUGGACCGGUCUGGGAUUUGUCCGAGUGUUGGAGGGGGCGGGGCUUAGGUUCACUGUGGACAACGUGCCGUCGUCUAUGGACUACCAGCUCGUGAUUCGUUACGAGCCAGAGUCUCCGUCUGAUUGGCUGGCUUCAGUCAGCAUCAUCGCGGCGUCACUAGGCGACGGCAGAUGCCACAGCGGCCCGACAGGAAGUAAAACUCUGAUUCUUCCUGGAAACUCCAGAGGACGUAUUCUGGACUCGGCGUUGUGUCUGAACACAGGCGGUCGGUACAUUGUGAACGUUGUCUUCAACAGACAGCCGGGAUCGGACGCCUCGUCCAGCUCACACAUCCUGAUCGACUCGAUGGGUCUGAUCCCCAGGGUCCAGUCCGUCCCUGACUUCUGCUCCCAGCGUGACCUCAACUCUUUCCAACACGUUCGCUGCGUCGGAUUGGCUGCUGAGCUCGGCCCGCAGGGCGCGGCUGGAGUCUGCGAGGGACUCAUCAAGAGUGUGUCGGCACGAGUCCACAAUGGAGCUGUUCUGUGCAGGUGUAACGCAAUCGGCUCUGUUGGACCAUCUUGCAGUGACCUGGGAGGGUUCUGUGAAUGUAAACCCAAUGUGAUUGGACUUUGCUGUGAUACCUGUGCACCACUGACGUUUGGUUUUGGACUUGACGGCUGCAAACCAUGUGAGUGUGACCCUCGAGGUUCGCAAGCGGAGCUGUGUGAUCAGGUCAGAGGUCAGUGUGUGUGUCACCUGGAGGUCACAGGUCGACGCUGUGACCGCUGCCAGGGGGGGUUCUGGGGGUUUCCUUCCUGUCGACCCUGUGAAUGUAACGGACUGUCAGAGGAGUGUGACGAAGAAACCGGAGAGUGUCUGAACUGCAGGGAGCAGGCCACCGGAGCACACUGUGACAGGUGUGUGGAUGGUUACUAUGGUAACCUUGCAUUGAGAACACCCUGUCAGCCCUGCCUGUGUCCAGAUGCUCGGAGCAGCGGACGUUUCUUCGCCACCUCUUGCCAACACGACCCACAAUCCCUUGGUGUGACAUGUGACUGCUUGGAGGGGCACACAGGUCCGAGCUGUGACAGAUGCAGCCCUGGUUUCUAUGGCGACCUGUUGUUGCCCGGAGCCCGGUGUGAGGAGUGUCCCUGCAACAACAACAUCAGCCCGGCCGACAGCAACGCGUGCGACAGCGUGACGGGAGAAUGUCUUCGAUGUCUCCACAACACGAUGGGACCCCGCUGCCAGGACUGCAGGCCUGGUUACUACGGCAACGCCCUGGACCAGGACUGCAGUGAGUGCUCGUGUUACCGGCCGGGGACGGAGGUGACCCAGUGUCCUCUGGAGAGUCCCUGCUUCUGUGAUUUGAGGACAGGACAGUGUCCCUGCAGGACAGGGGUGACGGGCAUCCUCUGUGACCAGUGUGAGGACGGAUACUGGAACCUGGGCAGGGCCUCGUGGUGUCAACCCUGCAACUGUGAUGCUGUUAACUCUCUGUCCAACACCUGUAACAAGGUGACGGGGCAGUGUCCGUGCCGUCCUGAGUUUGGAGGAAGACAGUGUGACGAAUGUGGAGAAAAUCACUUUGGGAACCCAGACCUGCAGUGCAUCUCUUGUGACUGUAACUUGGAGGGAACCGAGCGUCCGUCAUGUGACCCUGAGACCGGUGAGUGUCUUUGUCGGCCCGGCAUCACCGGUACCUUCUGUGAUGAGUGUGCCCCUGGAUAUGACUCGGCGUUCCCGGCCUGUGCGGCGUGCCACCAGUGCACCACCCUCUGGGCCAGAAGUGUGACCGAUGUCCAGCGAGCCGCCCAGAGGAUCCAGACCUUCAUCACUGUCCAUGGCGAGGACCUGCGACCCAGAGAUGGUUGCCAAUGGCAACAAACGCUGGAGAUGCAGUCCAAGCAAGACGGCCUCGCCAACCUGACAAGACUCUCCCCGCCAAGUCUGGAUGAGCUGGAGAAACUGUGUGCCAAAAUUGGGAAGGUGAAGUACAGUAUCAACCCCAAAAUGAUUCUGAUUGACCCGUCUGCUCUCCUCAACACGGACAUCAACAACAUUCGUCUAGAGUUCAGCACCCUGCUGAAUAACCUGAAGAAGAAAGUCACAGAGGCCCCGGGCGGUGAACGGGACCACAGUGAGGAUUUAUUCUUUCUUCUGCUGGAUAAGAUCCAGAAGCUUCACACCAUCUUCAUGUUGGAUGAGAAGAGAGUGAGAAAUGCCAGCAAAGCUCUGGAGGUUUCCAUGGACACCAGACAGGAAGUUAAACGCAAACUGAGCAUGUGCAGCAGCGGCGGAGGUGGCAAAGACCGGGCGUUGCUGGAGAACAAGGUCAAAGAGCUCAGCGUGCUCGACCUUACAGGAAAGAUCUGUGGAGGACCAGGUCUGGAGCACUGUUCUGGCUGUGGGGGAGCGUUGUGUGGAUCCCUGGAUCUGGGAAACGGGGACUGUGGUGGUCCACACUGUGACGGAGUGCUUCCUGUGAGUCAGAUGGCAUCAGAGACAGCAGAGAGGGCCAAGAAUCGACUGGUCCUGCUGCCAUCCAGUUUACAGGAGUCCCAGACCAAGAUCAAAGAUACCCAGGGAGCAGCUCAGGACACCAAAGACCGGGCCAAAGACCUACAGGACCAGAUCACUGACAGCAUGGACUCCCUGGAGAGAGAGAAGAACCAAACCAAGCACCUGAUCCAGCGAGUCAAACACUACCUGACGGAUGAGACGGUUCCUCCGGAGGACAUUGAGAAAAUGUCCCAAGCUGUUCUGGCCGUCCAGUUUUCAGGAACACCCGAUCAGAUCCAAUCAAUGAUCAGAGACAUCAACAGUCUACUGUCAAACACCGUCAACGUCCACAACGACCUGAGGUCUCAGCAGGAGACCGCCAAGACCGCCAGAGACCUGCUGCAGAGAGCUCGGGAACUCAGGGAGCGGACGAAGAACAUUGACGUGACUGAGAUCAACAAAGACAUUUCUGAAGCAGAAAAAGCUCAGGACCACGCCGUCAGAGACCUGGACGCAGCCAGCCGAGACAAAGACGCGGCCCAAGACCACAUCCAAGACAUGAAGGACAAACUGGACCAAGUUGAGACAAAGUUGAUGAAUCGACCUAAAGAUCUGCAGGAUGAGCUCGAAGCCCUGAUAGAAAAGACUGACCAGAACAAAGAGAUGGCCAGAGACGCCUACGAGGCUGCAGACUCUGCUGUAAACCAGACUACUGACAUAGAACCAGAGCUGCAGGACGUGAAGAGGCUGUUUGAGCUUUUAAAGCAGAAACACUCCAAGCAGACGGUUCAGAGUGAAGCGGGAGAACGUCUGAAGAACAUUGUGGAGGAGGCGAAGAAGAUGAAUAAACAGUUGGAGGACAAAUUGCAACAGAUACAAGAUCUGGAGCAGAAGAUCCAGAAGCUGAUCCAGAACAAAGAGGCCAAAGCAGCUGAAGUCUCCGUGUUGUUGGACACGGUGGAUUCUCUUCAACAGGAAAUCUCCAGACGGGCCGAAGGAUACAACCUCUGUAGCAACUAAACAAGAGUAACUAGUUCCAUGUAAUCGGAUUACAAAUGUAAAGCAACUGUAAUCUGUUACAGUUACUGGGAGAAAAUGUGAUAUCUAUGAAAAUGUCCAUGAUUAUAUGUGAAUAUUUUCUGUUAAAAGCUAGGCUACAUGUGGAAUGAUAUUCAUUUGGUUGCUUUGAGGGUUUUCCAUUUCCAGCCUCAGAUUUUAAGCUUGGUGCUGUUGUGAUGCUUUAGAUUGGUUCUCCUGUUUGACCUGACUGUCUGAGAGUCGCCACUAACCAAAAGUAACUAAAUGUAAGAAUCAGAAUCAGAAAGAGAUCUAUUGCCUUGGUUGAUGGUGCAUACAUAAAGCCAAAUGAUAGAAAUGCAAAUCAGUAAGCCUUUACAUAGAAGAAGAAACUAAAUGUUAAAC